AGCGAAAAGACCAUCUGGGUGAAGGAUGGUUCAGCUGUGUGUGACAGAAGUUGAGAUUAUCGAUUGAAUCAUCUUUGCUGCAUUGGUUCAUGAUUACUUUAUCUUCUUUGCAAUUCUGAAAGUCUUGUCAUUAUACGGUACUUGAUGGCCGGUUUAUUUCGCGCUGUUUGAGAUACAAAACAGAGCAGUUUUCGAGAUUGAAGAUCCACAGUGCUUGACUCACGACUCUACACAACCUCUCACUCUACGAUCUCAUCUCUCAAUGCUGUGAAAUUGAGCCCUCAUCUCAUACUCUAGGCCUCACUUCAUGGCGACCAAACGCAAGGCGUCGGCGUUGAACGCCGCCGUCGACGACGAACCCGUUGACCCAUCUGAUGAACUUGCUUUCUACUGCUUAGGCGGAGGUAAUGAAGUCGGCCGGUCAUGCCAUAUCAUUCAGUACAAAGGGAAAACAGUGAUGCUCGAUGCGGGCAUGCAUCCUGCGAAAGAAGGUUUUUCGGCUCUCCCAUUCUUUGACGAGUUCGACCUGAGUACGGUUGAUAUUCUUCUCAUAAGCCACUUUCACGUCGAUCACUCUUCCGCCCUUCCCUACGUCCUCAGCAAGACGAAUUUCAAAGGCCGAGUGUUCAUGACACAUGCGACCAAGGCCAUCUAUAAAUGGCUCAUCCAGGACAAUGUGCGAGUCAGCAAUACGGCCUCAUCGUCUGAUCAACGCACAACGUUGUAUACUGAACAUGAUCACUUGUCUACCUUGCCUUUGAUUGAGACAAUCGAUUUCAACACGACCCACACGAUAAAUAGCAUCCGCAUUACGCCUUUUCCGGCCGCUGGCUUGAAUAUCCUUUUCACCGGUGAUUACUCUCGGGAAGAAGACAGGCAUCUGAUCCCGGCAGAGGUACCCAAGGGUAUCAAAAUCGAUGUCCUAAUUACCGAGUCCACAUUCGGUAUAUCGACUAAUCCUCCACGGCUGGAGAGGGAAGCGGCUCUCAUGAAGGUCCUGAUGCCUGUUUUCGCUCUUGGGCGGGCUCAAGAGUUGCUCCUGAUUCUCGACGAAUAUUGGGAAACGCAUCCCGAGUUGCAAAAAAUACCUAUCUACUACAUUGGAAAUACUGCUAGACGAUGCAUGGUUGUGUACCAGACCUACAUAGGCGCCAUGAACGACAAUAUCAAACGGCUGUUUCGUCAGCGCAUGGCGGAGGCGGAAGCCAGUGGUGACAAGAGUGCCAGUGCAGGGCCUUGGGACUUCAAGUUCGUCAGGAGUCUCCGGAGUCUGGAACGAUUUGACGAUUUAGGCGGAUGCGUCAUGCUAGCUUCACCCGGUAUGCUCCAAACAGGAACAAGUAGGGAAUUGUUAGAGAGAUGGGCUCCAAACGAACGUAACGGCGUUGUUAUGACUGGAUACAGCGUGGAGGGAACAAUGGCCAAGCAGCUGCUUAACGAGCCUGAACAGAUACCUGCCGUGAUGUCACGAUCGGCGGGCGGAGUCUCGCGACGAGGGCUCGCUGGCACCGACGAGGAACAGAAGAUCAUGAUACCCCGAAGAUGUACGGUGGAUGAAAUCAGCUUUGCGGCCCAUGUAGACGGUGUCGAGAACCGUAACUUUAUCGAGGAGGUGGCCGCGCCUGUUGUGAUUCUUGUUCACGGCGAGAAGCAUCAAAUGAUGCGACUCAAGUCAAAAUUACUUAGUCUCAAUGCCGAUAAAACCGUCAAAGUCAAAGUCUAUACUCCAGCGAAUUGCGAUGAAGUUCGCAUCCCAUUCAGAAAAGACAAGGUCGCCAAAGUUGUCGGUAAAUUAGCCCAAGUCGCUCCUCCUUCGGACCAGGACGAUGGCCGUUUAAUGUCCGGUGUCCUGGUUCAGAAUGGGUUUGACCUGUCGUUGAUUGCGCCUGAUGACCUUCGCGAGUAUGCCGGUUUAACAACAACGACCAUAACAUGCAAGCAGCAUAUCACACUUAGCUCUGCAAGUAUGGAUCUUAUCCGAUGGGCACUUGAGGGUACCUUUGGCGCUAUCGAAGAACUCAGUAGCAGCGAGCAGGGUAAGGUCAAAGAAGAAUCCACAAACGCUGUCAACGGAGAGCACGACAUGAAAGAGGAGCCUGCGGAUGAGGAGAUCCCGACGGGGGAGACGCAGACAUAUCUCGUUAUGGGCUGCGUUCUCAUUCGCUAUCACCCUCGGACUCGUGAGGUAGAACUAGAAUGGGAGGGAAACAUGAUGAAUGACGGUGUUGCCGACGCAGUUAUGGCGGUGCUGCUCACUGUUGAGAGCAGCCCUGCAUCGGUGAAGCAAUCCGCAAAGCUCAAACAUCAUCAUCACCAUCAUAGCGACCUGGAACUACCUAAUCCCCAUGCCCAUCAAGGACCUGAAGAGAGAUUUGAGAAUCUGCUCAUGGUGCUAGAGGCGCAAUUUGGAUCGGAUAUUGCACCCAUUGAACGACCGCGCAUUCCUUCUGGUAUUCGUGCGAACGGCACGACCAAGGGCGAUCCGUCGGUAUCGGCCGCCGUCAAGACCGAAUCAGACGCCGCAGGUGAGACUCCUGCCGAGUCUCAAGAGGACGUCGAGGAGGAUGAAGAGGAUGAGAGCACGGAAGAAAUUGAAGCAGCAGAACUUGCUCGACUUCAAGCACUUGGGAUCCCUUAUCCUGGAAUUGAGAUCAAGGUUGAUAAACACGUCGCGCGGGUCUGGCUCGAAAAUCUCGAGGUCGAGUGUGCAAAUGCCGUGCUCAGAGAUAGAGUCCGUGUGGUCAUUGAACGGGCUGUGGAGACUGUUGCGAGCAUGUGGGGAGAAGGACCUCCGUCAGCCCCCGUCGCAAAUGGGACGCAAGGCACUAAGGAGGUGGCUCUCUCAAAGAGCACUGAAGUUGAGGCAAAGGCUUAAAUGUCUUUUCAUCCUAAUGUAACAAUACUUCAUACUUCGGACAGUGAAGGAUCCAUGGCCAAAGACAAGGAUGUGUUUUCGGCGAAGGUUUAUUUAUUGUUUUGAGAACUCUGAAUGAACAUAUAGAUUCUGCAAUACGAAAG